CCUUUUUCAUUUGUUUACGCGCUGGCGCUGCAAUUAAAGAUGUUUCUUCGGCCAAAAGGUUAAAAGCUGAUUGCGGCAACAAUAGGGCGUGUAGAAGUUAUGAGGAGACGCCACGGAGAGCCAUAAAUUAAAGAUAAAGCUUCGCCCGCCAACCAUGUUGCCCACAUACGAGCGUCUGAACGAUCCCAAACGGGUGUUCUUUCACAUAACAUUUGCCCGGCUAGCGUUGACGGCACUCAGUUUGCCGUUGAGCGCGUUUUGUUUCUGUGUAGUGUGGUCUCUGGUAUUUGAUUUUGCACGCUCCACGUUUACGCAUUGCGACGUGGCCAACUACUUGCCGUCGGUGUCGGCGGCAAUUGGAAAUUAUGAGCCACAGAAAACGGUUUGGCGCUUGGCCAUCAUCCUGCAUCUGCCAUUGCGCCUGACUGUGACCCGCAUGUAUUUGGAGUACUAUAGGGAGCACAUCAAGCGCAAUCGUCGUAUGUUUGGCAUCCUGGCCUGCACGCUGAAUGUCAUCGAGAAUUUUGCUCUGUUCUGCCUAUCGUUGUGGACAUCGGCGGACAACUAUGAGAUCCAUCGGAACUCGUUUGUGGUGUUCAUAGCGUGCAGUGAAUGCUAUAUGCUGCUAUCCUAUCUAUUAAAUAGGAGUGCACGCAAAUCCGUUCUCCUGCCACACGAAGAGAAAUCGUUACGCUACAAGCGAAAUCUCUUCCUGAUCAAUGUGCUUGCCUUUGGCCUCGCCGGCUACUGUUUCAUGCGGCACAACGCACGCUGUGAGGCUGGCGUUUACACGUUCUUCGCGCUCUUCGAGUACAUUGUGGUGCUAACCAAUAUGGGCUUCCAUAUGACAGCUUGUUGGGACUUUCACUCGUUCAGCAUUCACUGCGAUACCCGGAAUGGAUUGCAUAUAAUGCGCUAUUAGCUCGACUUAGUUAAAGGAACGUUCAGCGUCCAUCGGCUUGUAUUCCUGUAUAUAUUGUAAUUGUGCGGUUCUAGCUUAAGCUCAAAGUUUACUUAAUUUAACUUAAGAAUUUCCUGAUUUCUCUGUCAGUCUGAAAUCAAAUAAACUUUAAUUUAAGUAUACAAAAAUAUAGGUGUCAAUCAAAAACAACAAUUGCAUGCACAUAUAAACAUGCAUGAUCGGGUCAAGCUGUUGCCAAUCUCGGCCAAGGACUUGGAGAUUAGUGUUGCCUCGCGCUGCAGAAUCUCAGUCGGUUUACUGCUGCAUUUUGGUUGCUCCUUCAUGAUUGUCUUAACCAUUUUUACCCUGCUGAAGACCAUCAUGGUGGAUUAUGAGAGAUCUACGAUUACGCAUUGCCACGUACUGCACAUUGUGCCAACCGCGUCGGCGGUCAUUCAGUUCAAUCAAUCCAGCUGGAAGCUCUUGACUUGGUCUCAUCUACCACUGCGUCUGCUCAUCGCAUGGCUAUAUUGCCGCUAUCAGCAACGCGUGCUGUCUCGACGCUCAGGCCUGCUGAUCUACCUCUUUGUGCUCUGCUUCGUUGUGAAUAUUGUCUCCAAUAUUGUCAUUGCGGAGUUCGGUGAUAAACCGGGUUCCAAUUGGAUUCAUGUGGUGCCAACGCUUAGCAGUUGGAUAACUAGCUGCUGCUUCAUGGCCACCAUGGUUUAUUGUAUGGCUUACAGCCAGAAUACGGAACCCCACCACCGUCUUUCAUAUCUGCUCAAGCGUAAACUGUUCUUCUUCCACUUAUCAGCCAGUGUCGUCAUUUGGCCAUUGUAUUUCUUGCAUGUGGAAUUCUGUGUGCCUUUGGUAUAUUCCCUUUUCGCGAUAUGUGAACACAUAUUGAUGUUAACUAAUAUGGCCUAUGUAUGGACAUCAAAUCUCGACUUCCACAACUUAUAUAUAUGCCAUAGCAGAAGAAAUGGAUUCUAUAUGAGGAACAUCUGAGACUGGGUUUUAAAAUAUGAAAAACACUUUAAUACAAAACAAAUACAAUAUAUACAUAUAUCUUGGUUACGUCUCAUAGAUGCGCACUAAAUCCUCUAUGGUGAUUGGAUAACUAGUCACAGGACAGGUGCCCUGCUCCUUUAGAUGUGUGACAAUGCAUUUCCAGCAAUAGACGUAACCAGAUACAGCGCAAGCUGUAGGCGUUUGCAGUGGCAGCAGGCAAACAGGACAUUCUCCAUUCUUGGGUAACGUGUUCUUCAGCUCCUUGGGUAACUCACGCUCGGGCAUGGCCUGCGGGUUCUGUAGCGUUCCGCCUAGCUUCCGACGCUGAUCGUUGGAGUACCACCAUUGUAUGAACUGCAGGAAAAAUGCUAGCACCUCGAGCAUCUUAAGGAAUAUGUACGUCCAUUUGUCCUCCUUCGGCGGCUCACUGGGAUAGCGAAGCGUGAGACGUAGAGCGCGAAACAGCGGCGAGUGGCUCUUCGCAUACUUUAUCAGAUACAGGAAUGUGUGUAUUGCUUUCGAGGCAUUAUAAACGUGAAAUAAAUUAAUCAGUUGUGA